CUCCCGGCGACUUUUCUUCCUCUUUUUCUUCCUCCUUCACACCACAUCCAUCGACACAUCCACGCCUGGACCCUCACCGCGACACACCAACGACGGCAGCAGGCAUUGGCCCUCUGUUUGCCACACAAUUACCUCUUCCCUGCCUGUCCUCUCUCGACACCUUUCAAGCGUAAGCCAGGACUAGGGUAGGAGAGGCAGAGAGAAUCCGACUGUUCGUCGCACCUUCAAAAAACGCGUCCGUAGGGGAACAUUGCGCGCAUACAAGGAGCGCCGCCGGCCUAAAUUGUGUUUCUUAGAGCAUGUCGACCGAUGCAGAGCCGGCGUCGGCGCCGGCAGCAGCAGGCGGGAGCAGUGCCGAGGCGUCGAGCAGCAAGGUGACGCUGGACACGCUCAAGCAGCGGCGCAUCUCGGCACGCCGCGCGCAACUCGAUGCCCUCCGACGGGCGCGCGACGCCGAGCUGCGAGAGCUGCGCUUCCUCCUGGCCCGGCGCGAGCGCUAUGGCGUCGAGGGCGGCCCGGCCAUUCCUCCCGCCGACGACCGGUGGGUCUUGGAGGGCGAGAAGGGCGGCGAGGAAGAGCAGGACGAGGAGCACGCGGAUCACUUCUUGAAAGAGUAUGCGUUGGAAGGGGGUAAAUCGGUCAGCGAGAUCCCGAUUCCGUCGCUGGAGGAGACGCGGGAGCGUGUAGCCAGAGAGGCCGGGUCCAAGCGCAAGCUCAACCUUCCUCAGAGACCGAAGCCAGAGGUGUCAACGCCGUCAUCGAGCAAGGUGGCCACCGUUGGCGCCGAGGCCAACGAAGGCAGCGCUGAAAAGCGGGCGAGGAGAACGGCGUCGCCCUCUGCCAAGACAGCAGCAGCAGCAGCAUCCCAGACAGCCGCGGAUACGCAAGCGACGGAUGCAACGACGGAGGCCAAGCAGUCGCAGACGACGGCUGCAACUGCAACGACGGCGCUCGGAACCGCAGCGAGCGAGACCGGCUCUUCGCAGACGACGGCAGCAGCGGUGUCUUUGUCUCAGUCGCAGUCGCAGGCCGAGCCGUCGACUCAGGCCCAGGAAAAGGAAAAGGAAAAGGCAAAGGCGGAUCGGCAGCGGCCGCCGUCGAUGCAUCCGCCUCCCUCGCCGGCGCCCCCUGCACCGCUGCUCCGACCUGCGGGUGCCGAUGCGCCGCUGCACCCCACGCUCCAGAAGCUCUCGCCGAACCCGCUCUCGAUCACCUAUGCCUCAUCGAUGCGCCCGCUUCCCCCCGAUCCCUUUCGCAAGUUCACGGGCACGGGUACCGGGGGCGGCGCCAUCCACCAUCGCGGCCCACGCAAGGCGCCCCAGCUGCCAGCCAAGAACGGCGUGCCUCCACCGAGCGGACCGGCCGGCGCAGGCGGCACAGACCUGUGGCGCUGGGCGGUGCGUGCACGCGCGAGCCCGGGCGGGGGAAUGGUGGGCAAGGCCGACAAGUGCCUCAUGACGACGGACUGGAAGGUGGCCUUUACCGAGCAGAAGUUCAUAAGGGCCAUGGCGCGCAUCGAAAAGAUGAAGUCGCAGGGCGAGUGGAGCUUCCGGCAGCCCAAGAAGCAAAAGGGCCCCGUUGUAAGGCGCGCCCACUGGGACCACCUGCUGGACGAGAUGAAGUGGAUGCAGACCGACUACCGCGAGGAGCGCCGGUGGAAGAUUGCCGUCGCCUUUGACCUCGCCCACGCUGUGCGCGCCUGGCACCGGGCCAGGACGGCCGAGGCGCGGGAGCGGCUGUGCGUCAAGACGAGGCCGCCCCGCUUCCUGGGCACCGAGGACGAGGAGUCUGCGAGGCGGGAGAGGGAGCAGGAGCAGGACGAGCAGGACGAGCAGGAGCAGCGGGAGCAGAGAGAGCAGGAACAGGAACAGGAGCAGAGGGACAAGGAGAAGGAAUGGGAGAGGGACAGGAAGAAGGAGGCCACGGUCAAGGAGGAGCCCGUGGACGACGAGGCAGGCGAUGGCGAUGAGACCAUGGUCGACGCUUCCAGAGUCCAAGAGGACCAACCCAACGAGGCUGGCGAGGCGAUGAAUGACGAUGCUCAGGCCGAAGCGGGGGCACAAGUCGAGGCAGACGCCGAUGCCGAUGAAGAUGCAGAUGCAGACGCAGACGCCGAUGCUGAUGCGGACGCUGAUGCCGAUGCCGAUGCCGAUGCCGACGAGGAUGCGCCUGGAGACGAGGACGCGCCGGGGGAGGAGGACAUCGACGCAGAGGGAGAGGAUGAUGACGGCGAGGUCGAGGCGGCCACGAGGUCGCUGGCAGCGGACCGAGAGGACAAGGAGAAGCUGGAGGUCGUGCACGAGCCCAGGGAGGAGAGCCACAUGCCAGAUCUGACCGAGGACAAGUCCAAGGAUGCCGCUCAUCAGUUGACAGCCAACGAAGAUGGCCCGGAGGAUGGGCAGCAGCGCGAGGCAAGCGGCAGCGUCGAGCGCGGUGGCGUGCGGCCAGGCGCACCUGCCAAGGAUGCCACGCUGGCCGAGGAAGGACAGGCGAUGCUUCCCAUGAAUGUCAUCUCCACCAUUCGAGCGCCGAUCUUUUCGACCAACGUCGCCGCCACCUUUGUCUCGCCCACUGCCCUCGUCGAGUCAUCGGAUCCAGAGGCGAUUGCCGAGCUGCUGGGCGUGCCCGUCGAACGGCUCGGCGAAGCACUGGACAUGGACCAGCUGUCGAUGUCGAGCCUGUUCCCCGAGCUGCCGAUCAUGGACCCGCCCUCGGCCGCGCACGACGGCAAGAACGACCGGCGGUGGGACGACGGCAGCCUCAACCAGCCCCCGCGGCUGGCCCACGUGAGCCGGCUCCUCGACUGCAAGCCGCUGCUCGUGUCCACGCUGCAGCCGUCCAAGAACCGGGCGAGGGGACAGUGGCGUGACGAUGGCGAGUGGAUGCUUGCGGCCGAGGCGGCGGACCCGAACAAGGGCCUGACGCCAGAGAUGCUCGACAUGGCCCCGAUCCCGGGCACGCUCCUCUUCACGCGCAAGUCCAACAAGGCCUCUCGCAACGAGCAGACGAGCACCUCGUCGACGGGCCAGCCCGUUGCACCGACCAAUCCCGACGUGCGCGCCUCGCAGUUCUACUGGGUCGCCGAGGAGGACCAGUACCUGAUGGCGCUCGUCAAGCAGUACGGCCAGCACUGGCAGCUCAUUGCAGACAUGUUCAACGCCACGAGGCUGUCGGUGCCCACCGACGUGCGCGAGCCGUGGGACUGCUAUGACCGGUGGAACCGCAUCCAGACGGCAGCCGCCGAGGGGAAGCCGCCGCCUGCGGCCCCAGCGCUGGCAUCGGCCGAAGAGGGUGGUCGCUCCCAGGACGAUGCAUCGUCGGCGGCGGGAGCAGCAGCAGCAGCCAACCCCAAGACGCUCGCAGCCAAGCGCGAGAAGUUGACAAAGAAGCUGGGACAAAAGUACGACGGCUCGCGCAAGAAGCUCCGGCGGGUAAACAUCACCGAGGUGAUGCGCAAGUGCGCCAAGCGGAGAGAGAUGCUGCAGCGGCCGCCGUCUAAAAAAGUGAAUCUGCAGUCGCACGAGACCCACGCCCCACUCAAGCCGGGGCCGGCUCCGACGCCGCAGCAGCUCAGCCUGAUCAAGUCGGAGCGCGACGAGGCGCAGAUGAGGCAGGUGCUGGCAUACCAGCAGCAGCAGAGGGCCGCUGUCGCGCAGGCACAGGCACAAGCCCAGGCCCAGGCGCAAGCGCAAGCGGCUGCGGUGGCUGCUGCUGCCCAGCAGCAACAGCAGCAACAGCAAGCUCAGCAACAGCAAGGCCAGCCACAGCAGCAGCAGCAGCAACCUUCCCAGCAACAGCAGCAGCCACAACAGCCACAGCAAGCGCAACAGCAGCAGCAGCAGCAACAACAACAGCAGCAGGCCGCCAACCAGCAACAACAAGCCCAACAGCAGCGCUUUGCCCAGCAGCAGCUUGCCAAUGCCCAGACGCAGCAGCAGCCUCGCCCAUCCACGCCGAACAUGCGGCCAGGUCAGCCUCCCCAGCAACAUCAGCAGCAAGGUCAACAGGCGCCUCAAGCAAAGGGCGCACAGCCGCCCCAGCGCGUGCCGACGCCGCAGAUGAACUACGCGCGGCCCCCGGGCCAGAAUCAGAGCCAGCAGCCGGCCACGAGCGGGGCACCUGCUUCGACGAACUUCCAAGCGCGUCCCGCUCCGACGUCGCAGGCGCCUGCCUCUUCAUCGGGUCCCGCGACGUCGUCUGCGCCCUCGGCCGGCUCGUCGCCCUCGUCGAACCCGUUCAACCUCCAGCCGGGCCAGCCGCUUCCCCUGCCGCUCCAGGCGCUGCAGCGAUCGCUGACGCAGAAUCUCAACCAGACGAACCUGACGCAGGAGCAGAUCCAGCAGCUCGCCUUGCAGCUCUUCCGCCAGGCUCAGCAGGGCCAGCAGCAGCAACAACAACAACAACAGCAGCAGCAGCAGCAGGGCCAGCAGAACCAGCAGCAGGGACAAGGUCAGGCUCAGGGACAGGGACAACAGGCUGCGAGGAGGCCGCCGGUCCCGCAGCAGCAGCAGGCGGGUCCGAACCAGAACCAAGGAGCAGCAGCCGCGCAACAGAAGCCGCCCGGCGUGAGGCCACCUCUUCCUCAGCAGCAGCAACAGCAGCAGGGCGGUCCCAAGGGUCCUCAAGCACCCGCUGGGACUCCCGCGGCGUCGGCUGCUGCUUCAGCAAACAACAAGGGCCCGGGCGCGGCCCCAGGCGGUGCUUCAGGCGCAUCUACCCCCAGCAAGAACUCCAAGUAGUCCUCACCCUUUUCUUCUUUCUCUCUCUCUUCACUUGUAUCACAUCACACGCACACGCAUAUCAUCGAGCAGACUAUCGCAAACAUACAAUGAC